AUGUCAGAUGGGGGUGGAGAUUGCGGGGGUGGCGGAGAUACCGGGGGUGGCGAUUGCGGGGGUGGCGGAGAUACCGGGGGUGGCGAUUGCGGGGGUGGCGGAGAUACCGGGGGUGGCGAUUGGGGGUGUUCCGAUUCUGGCGGAAAUCAUGAAAUGAGCGAGAAUAGUCACGAUGGAAAUCAACACGGUGACUCAUCGCACGACCACGGUGUAACGAUUCACCACGGGGUGAACGACAAUUUUGACGCAACGCCAAACUUCGAUACGAAUCACGGGGGAUACAACGUUACACAAAGUUCCAUGAAUUUUUCAUCGAGAACAAGAUCACGGGGAAAGACGAAAUGUAUCGGAAGUCCCGCCGGUCAUAUAGCAAUUGCGAUAUUUUUACUGACAGUGUUCGCCAUCGUAGUUAUAAUACUUGCAUUGAAAUAA